GCGUGCGUGCGCACGUCGACACGUCACACCGACACGCACCCUGACACCGACACACACACCCUAAUACCCGUAGCCUAGGAGCCCGAGCCGUGAGCCUGCUCCUGCCGAGACAUUAUAGUGGCAGCGUAGACGGGAGAUGUAACCCAACUACUCCUCUGCGUUGAUGUGUGCGAAUCUAUGCAGAGAACAACGCAAGCGCAUACUUUGAAGAUUCUGGAAGAGACUUCAACUGAAGAACAGGAGAUUUAUAGAUUUCAAUAUCUAUUAGAACGAACUCAAACCGAAACCAUUUCAAAACUUGAUUUGAUGCCAUUAGUGUCAAAAGUGAAAGCGUUGAAAUAACAAUUUUCUUUAUUAUUUUACGUAUAAUCGUUUACUGGUAAAAUGAAUCGCCUGGAGGUUAUGGAUUCCGAAUAAAUUACAUUCCAAAUUGAAAUAAAAAACACUUAAACCUGACGUAGGCAUGCGACUCUCGCUCGGCGCGGACCUGCGCGGCAGCGCUCGUCGUGCUACGGCCGUCGCGCUCCGACCCUGACCGCGCGUGCCGUCGUCCACACGAGGGGCCGCCGGACCGCGGCGCGCGACGCCGCCGGGCCGGCGCGAUGGCCUACGCGGCUCUGCGGGCCUCGGGCGGCCUGCGCUAUUUCACGGAGGAGCUCUCCGGGGACGAGAACGAGAGCGGCAGCGAGGACUCGGAGCGCUCGCUCCCCUACGGCGCCGGCGGCGCCCCGAGCAAGCGGGCGCGCCACAUCACCGCAGACGGCUCUCUCUGCAGCGGCGGUGCUGCUGCGCCGGGCGAGACGCGCCAGCGGCAGGCGGCCAACGCCCGCGAGCGCGACCGCACACACAGCGUCAACACGGCCUUCACCGCGCUGCGCACACUCAUCCCCACCGAGCCGGCCGACCGCAAGCUCUCCAAGAUCGAGACGCUGCGCCUCGCGUCCAGCUACAUCUCGCACCUCGGCAACGUCCUCUUGCUGGGCGAGCGGUGCCCCGACGGGCAGCCGUGCCACGCCCCCCCGCCGCCCCCCUUCUGCGGCGGGGCGCGCCACGCCGAGAGGGCGCAGCGGGCCGGCGCCGACGCGUCCGUGACGCAAGCUCUGGCCGGGGCCCUCUCGGCCGAUCCCGGCGCGGCGGGGAUGGCGGCGAGCGGAGUAUCGGGCGGCCAGGCGGCGCCGCCAAAAGUCAUCUGCACGUUCUGCCUCGGCAACCAGCGCCGUUUGGGCCGAGAGAGAGAACGCAAAUCUGCCAUGCGUUGCUGACCAGCGGACACGAAACCUCGGCAAAAAUUAUGAGGCGGCCCGAGAAGGUUUCUGUACCAGCUUUCCUGGAACAUUUUGUAAACUUUACAAAACCAAUUCCAAGCCCUUCCCUGAACAUGUCACCCAACUUUGGCACAGCGGGACUUUGCCAGAGAUCGGCAAAACAGUUUGCGUGGCUGGACUGUGGGCAGUGGCGCACAAGAGGAAGGAUGCCUGCACACAAACCCGAGCCAUGGCUGCUUCUCAAGGAGUGAGGCUUGCCCAAGAACCUUCACAGAUUAUCUCAACUCAACAACCAAAGACUCGUGUUCCACUCAUUACGGACACCUGUUCCUGUCGUAUGUUUUGCAUCCCUUUUUAAAACGUAAAAAAUAUUUUUUUACAUUUCAAGCUUUGUGCCUGGCAAGAAAAUAUAAAAAGGCAACUUCUUAAAUCUAGGAAAAUCGUAUUUUUGUAAUAAAUGAUCACAAGUGACCCCACAUUUACAGAUGAACUAAACGUAUCGUGAUUCUGAGUAUUAUCUAACCCUUGUUUUACCGAACAGCUCACCCACAUUGUCCUCUGCUCAGUCGGUGGAUGAGAUCGCCUCGCUUAGCGGCCGUGAACAACUUUUCACAAGAGAAUCUCAGAGAGCGAUAUCCACGUGAGAACUAUUAAGAAUGAUCACCACAACCCACACACCAGCGCAUGGCAGGGCACACAGUACAUGGUUUUUGGGUGACUGUUGCAGGAAUGCGUGAACAGUCAAUGGUGGCAGCACAGUGGAAAUACUCGUGCCUGGCAACAAGAAUAUCCUGUGUUCGAUUCCUGCCUCAGACAGAUUUCUGUGUGGGGUUUGUAUGUUCCCUCCACCUGCUCGGCAUGGGUUUCCUCCCCCUCCCCCCCAAGCUAAAAUAACCAUAAUUAUACCAAAUAAUGCUGCACUACCAAACAACACACGGAAUGAGUGGCAAGGUGAGGGCUUCAGCGCAGCUUCAGAUGCUGUCUUACAGAUUCAGACUGGGCACUACAGCAGCACUGCAAUUUGCAAGCUGCCUAAACGUAAAUACUUAAUUAUAUCGAUGAGGCCGUUAUGACGCACAUUAAGACACGAAAUAAUUGCUAACAUUCAUAAACCGAGCGAUUUCUACAUCGCGUUUGAUGUCAACAUAAUUGAAGGGGCACCCCCAGUGGCAGCUGGCCCUAUGGACACUGGGUGACAGCACCGAGCCUAUCGUCAGGCAUUAAUCUGCCAGUAGGGAGCAAUGAUUGGCAUGUUUAAUCCCAAUUGAGUAUGUGUCAGUCAAGAAUGCAUAGUCAGUCUAUCAGUUAAACACAACGUGAAGAUUGGUAAAUCUGGCGGAAACCAACAUGGCACCCAUGGCAUUAGGGCCCAUGGUAGUCUGCUGCACAGGUAAACGCAAAUUCUUCCCCGAGGCCGUGCACAGCAGCAUGGCCUCACUCACAAAACACGGCCAUAGUUCUUUUCAGAGCAAAUGGGAUUGUGGGACAGUUUUCACGUCGGCCAUCUGGGAAUGCGCAGAGUGCUCAAAGCGGGCUGCACGUGGGAACUCAAUCAGACAAACAAGUUCAGAGGGUGGUGGGAGCAAGAUGGGGGUAUUUUUAUGAUUUGAUCGUGAGCCCCAGCAGAUCGGACCGAGCGUCUCAAGAGGUGCUGCCAGGAGCGUCCGUCCCUCGAGUCGCCAAUACACGGGAAGGGGUGGGGGGGGGUAACGGAGAUCGCCACGCGAGGCUCUGUCGAGGCUCUGUCGUACGGCUUGGUCACACGGCGGCGCGCAGCUGGCAAACAGCAGGGGAAGGGUGAGAGCACGCCUAACUGCUGCACACCGAUCGCAGCGCGCAGCGCGACUGGGCUGUAGGGCGGUGGCGGCGCAAUGGGAAAGCUCGUGCCUCGUGAGCAAGAAGUACCUGGGUUCGAUUCCUGAAUCAGGCUCCCCUUUUUGUGUGGAGUUUGAAUGAUCUUACCUCUCCUGUAUGGGUUUGUUAACCUAAGCUAUGAAGACACACACAAUGCAACUGGUAUUGCCAAAACAUUCAAAUGUUGCAAAAAUUAUCUGCAAAUUAUUCAACUGGGAUCACACACAGCAGCAACAUCGCCCCCUCCCCACCACCUCCCACCGAAAACAUCCCAGUGCUAAAGAAUUACGCACAAAUUACUCAUUUGGGAUUGCACAGAGCAGCAACAUCGCCGCCGACUGCAAAAAACUUGGCAGGAUCCUCCUGAAAAGGUCUUGAGACUCGUCGAGGCUCUGCUGGGUAAACAAGCGGAUUCAUAAUAAAUAAUAUUAUGAACCCGUAGCAGGGGCCUACCACCAUUAGCAUGCGUCUGCUGCACUGUACGCGCAAUGC